AUGAUACGAACAUGUGCCCGAGCGACCGUUCGCUCCUACAAGCUUCCUGUGCCUGCCUUGCGCCUAUCAGUACAACGGCUGGCUCGGUGCCAGUUUAGCAGCACAUCAUGGCGCAAAGAAGACCCGCGCAUCGAGUCGAUAGGUCGAGAGAUUACAGAUGAAUUUGCAUUAAUUCGUGAGGAAUAUGGUAAGCUAACAUUGGAUGAUCGAAGCACACAAACUGACUGCUGCCAGCCACACCGGUUUGUAUAGCACCUCGACACCGACACGACAUCUGACACGCGCGCAGAAACACACGAUCGUCCUCGCUCACGGUCUCCUCGGCUUCAGCGAACUUCGACUUGCGGGUCAGUUUCUUCCUGGUCUGAAAUACUGGCGUGGCAUCACGGAAGCGUUGUCGGCCAAGGGCAUCGAGGUCAUUGUAGCUACUGUUCCGCCAAGCGGCAGCGUCGAAGCUAGGGCAGCAAAGCUGGCUGAGAGCAUCGCAGCAAGAGCCAAGGGCAAGGAAGUGAACAUAAUAGCACACAGCAUGGGCGGUCUCGACUCGCGCUACAUGAUCAGUCAGCUCAAACCGACCGACUUCAAGAUAAAGUCUCUCACCACCAUCGCAACACCACAUCGAGGCUCUGCAUUCGCAGACUACAUGUUCGAUACAAUCGGUCCUCGUAGGAUCAAAAGGAUAUACAACGUCAUAGAGUACUUUGGGUUUGAGACUGGCGCAUUCUCUCAGCUCACGCUGAAGUACAUGCGGGAGAGUUUCAACCCAAGGACCCCAGACAUCGAAGACGUGAGAUAUUUCUCUUACGGGGCAUCUUUGGAGCCUGCACGGUGGUCUGUGUUUGCUCCAUCGCAUCUCAUUGUCAAGCGAGAAGAAGGUAUCAACGAUGGCCUUGUCAGCGUCUCUUCAAGCCAAUGGGGAGAGUAUAAAGGAACACUGAUAGGCGUAAGCCACCUUGACUUGAUAAAUUGGACCAACCGCAUGAAGUGGUGGUUCUGGGAGCUCACUGGUAGCAAGAGAAACUUCAAUGCGAUUGCACUGUACCUUGACAUUUGUGACAUGCUCGCGAAGGAGAAGUUGUAG